GAAACCCAAAUAACAAAUAUAUGGCUGAGUUAAACAUACCAUCCCCACAUCACAAUACAGUCAAGAGAGAGAGAGAGCGGUCGGAGAACUUUUGAAAAAGUGGCGACGCAGUCAUGUUCUAUGGCUCUUGAGGAAGAAAAAGACAGUAUUGAGAGAAAAGGGCAUGACGGUGCAACAGUUUUAUUAGAUGGAGGUUGGCAGAAGAGAGGGAGUGGUCAGAACUAUAAUAGUUUAUCAGGUCAUGUAACGAUAAUUGGUUCUGAGACAAAGAAAUGCGUUGGCUUCGGCGUUGCUAAAAAGUCGUGCAGAAUUUGCAAGAGCAGUGAAAAAAAGGGUAAACUGCCAACGAAACAUAGUUGUAGAAGAAACUAUAACGGUUCCUCAAAAGGAAUGGAAUCAUUUCUCGCUGUACGAGGAAUAAAACAUCUAAAAAAUCAAGGUUUAAAGGUAAAAACCGUUGUCAUGGACGACGAUAGUACAACAUACUCUAGAAUAAAAAAGGCCUUUACUGAUGAUUUAGAGAAAUGUAGUGACAAAAAUCAUGUUGCAAAAAACUUCACCAAUGAGCUAGAUAAAAGAUAAAAAUAAAAGUCCGACUCCAAAUGUUCUUAAUUACAUAAAGAAAUGUUUCAACUACGCUGUUAGCCAAAAUAAAGGAAACCCAACAGGACUGCAACGUAGCAUACAGGCUGUAGUACCCCACUCAUAUGGAUCACACGAAAUGGGUACUGAUCAGGAAUGGUGUCGCUUCAAGACUGAUAAAGUGUUUAAGCAUAAGUCCCUUCCAUACGGUAAAGAUUUGACAGAUGAUUCGUUGAAGAAAGACCUUGAUCUUCUCAUGGGAAAGUAUUCUACAGAUGAUAUGUCUAAAAAACUUGCCGAAUUACAGUCAACAAAUGCUGUUGAAGAUAUGAACCAAAUAAUAGCUAGAAAAGCCCCAAAAGCAAUGCAUUUUUCGGAGUCUGAAAGUCUGGAUUAUCGUGUGUCUGCAUCAACUUUGCAAAAGAAUGAAGGAAAUAUGUAUAUAUGCAAGGUACGUACAUGGCAUAUUAAUUGAGAUAUUAUGAUUACGCAGGUUGUCUCAUAUCCUUGCUUCAUAUAUAAAAAUGGCAAUACUGAUUCCUGGGUUUACAAUCGACACCACUAACAUUCCGUUUCGUCUUUUUUUAUUUUGUAAUACAGUCAAACUUGUGAACAAAGACCACUUUCCGAAAGAAAAUGAAAAGGGCUUUGUUGCCAUCAUAGUUUCUCAUAAGCUCUGCACAUCGUCUUGAUGAGGUGAUUUCAUGAAAAUCCUUCAAGGGGUUUAGGAGAUACAGAGCUCAAACCUCUGACAUUGAGAUGUGACCUUGACCUUGAGCCGGCAUGGCUGACUCAUGAGUUCUGCACACUGCCUUGAUGAGGUGAUCAUUUGACCCAAGUUUCAUGAAAAUCCUUCAAGGGGUUUAAGAGAUAUAGAGCGGACAUAAAUGAAAGGUUCAAACCUUUGACCUUCAGUUGUGACCUUGAUCUGGCAUGGCUGACUCAUGGGUUCCACACAUUGUCUUGAAGAGGUGAUCAAUUGUCCCAAG